AUGUCGUCACCGCUGAGCUAUAUUCCUUUGGGGAGCCUCAUCAUCACGCAAGAGGGCAGCAAACUCACAGAUGAAGAAUGGAGGAAGUUGUGGGAGAAGUUUGGUAACUGGACAUGCAUUGCACCCGUUCCCUCGGCCGUCAACGGCAACCCCGCCGGAUCAUUUGACGAGACUGACGACAUCUUCCUGAGGUCGGGAUCCUUCAAGAACUACACGAACCUUCUAGCGGAGAAAUGGAUUCGCGUUGAACUUAGGAUCAACCCUGACAGUGAAAAGUUCGGCGUCGCGAGAAUAUACAUUUUGCCCGACGAUGUUGAUAACCGACUCGUUGAUCGAGCCCGUGCCAAGCUGCACAAGUCCCGGAAGUCCCUCAUCUCCCUCUUGGACCUCGCGCCGGAAGCUUGGUCUUUCCAGCCAUCUGGUAACCUUUUAGCUUUGGACUGCAUCUUGGAAGGGGAUGCCGGCCAUGAUGACGAAUCGGUUUCCCUGCUUCGACUCUUUAACACCAUCCCCUCUCCCGACCCUGCCCCGGACACUAUUACCAACCCUGCUGAUCGAGAAGCCGCCUACAGCUUGCUGAAUGGCGACAUUCCAGGCUUGAGGGAGACCUCUGUCUUGUAUGAUUAUCAGCGGCGCUCGGCUGCAGUCAUGAUACAACGUGAAAGCCAGCCUGGCCGGGUCCUCGACCCGAGACUUGCCAAGGGGGCCGACCAGACUGGCGGGACCUUCUACUACGAUCUCAGCGCUGGUGUCCUUCUGAAAGAGCCUAGGUUCUACGAGGGGGUCAGAGGCGGCAUCUUGGCCGAACAAAUGGGCUCUGGCAAGACGCUCGUAUGCCUGGCCGUUAUACUUGCCUCCAGGCAUUCGGGUACCCGCACUCCUGACUUACACCAGGGAAGCGACAUUCGCGUGAGGAAACGGAUUGGUUCACUGGCAGAUAUGGCUGCAUCUGCUGCUACCAGCAAAGCGGCUGCUUGGAAAUUCUACUUCAACGUCUAUGAGCCGAAAGAGAUGGUCUAUUCCAAGUGCAUUGAUGCCAUCAAGCGCAACCCCGGCUUCUACCACGUCCCUGCUAGCCCACCCAGGCGUCUCAGUCGCCGCGAUCCUCUGAUAAAACCAGUACUGAGGAAGAUAUGGCACAGCCCUACGUCACUUGUGAUUGUGCCCAACAACCUGGUGCGGCAGUGGGUUCAGGAGAUUGAGAAGCACACCGUCAGUCCAGACAGCCCGGCUGGUUUGAAGGUUCUUCAGCUCACCAGCCAUAACGAGAAAAUCCCUGAUCCCAGGACCCUGUCCACUUAUGACAUAGUGUUGGUCACCAACUCACGGCUGGACAGAAUAUGGAGAGAGACAAUGAUGCUGGGCUGCCCUCUGUCAGAGGUCCACUUCAAGCGAUGCAUCGUCGACGAAGGCCACAAGCUGGGUUGUGCCAAAAUUGCAAACAAGAGCAACGUUCUUCUUGCCAUCGACGCCAUGUCAUUCUCUGCCCGUUGGAUCGUGACCGGUACACCCGCUACUGGACUGUUCGGCGUGGACGACCAACACUUCACCAACGUCACUGCAGACACCCCUCAAACUGCCAACAGGGCAGCGGCCCUGGCCGAGGCGGAGAAAGGGGAUCUUGGGAAGAUCGGGGCGAUAGCAUCGCUGUACCUCAAUGCUAGGCCCUGGUCCAAUUCUGUGCAUGAGACGGCAGACACACCGGCGGAUUGGGCCGUAUACGUGAUGCAGCCGCAGCACAGCUCCCGGAGCACCGGUCGUAAAGGCGUUCUCCGGGCUACGUUGAACUCGCUACUCAUCAGGCACCGGUUGUCCCAGCUAAACACGUUACUUCCAUCGGUAAACGAGAAGAUAGUUGUACUGGAUGGAUCCUACCAGGAUAAGCUGUCGCUCAACAUAUUUUCGAUGAUGAUCAUCUUCAAUGCCGUUCAAUCUCAGAGAGUCGACCGGGACUACUUUUUCGACCCGCAUCAGCGGAAAGCCCUGCUUCAGCUGCUUCACAACUUGAAGCAAGCCAGUUUCUUUGGAGGCUCUUUUUUUACCAAAGAUGAAAUCAAGAGGUCGCUCGAGACUGCGCAAUCAUUCGUCGAGGAGAAGAAGGUGCCCAUCAGUGAAGAGGAUGAGGUAUCGCUCAAGCAGGCCAUGGAGGUCGCCCAAACUGCCAUCGACAACCAGCUGAAAGAAUACAGCAACAAGUUCAACGAGGUGCCCAUCUUUAUCCAAGACUUUCUGCCCAACGGUGUCGGCUCAGCCUGGUCUCUGGACGACAGAAAGACGAAUCCUACCUGCACCGAUGCGGGCAUGGUGCUUGCCGUACAAAAACUGAUCGUUUCUUCCCAGAACGACACUACAAAGUUGAAUAGUCUCCUGAAUGGCAAGCUAGAAGAAGAGGGCCGCAAGGAGCAAGCCGGGCAAAUCACAUCCGUUGCAGAAGUCACCAAGGCUGAUGCGCGACCACUGAGAAAUUCCGGUGUUCUCGCAGGCAACACGGCGCUGGGAGGCGAGAGAGUCCCUCGCCAUCUCCGACCGAACACCUUGCAGAAACCAGGCCAACUCCCUCUAGAGCAGGACCUUCCAGACGACUUGAAGAAGGCAAGGCUCGUUUCCACUGUGUCGGCCAAGCUCUCCUAUCUGAUCGACGCCAUUGUCGAGCACCAGGAGCGGGAGAAGCUAAUCAUCUUCUACGAAAACGAGAACGUGGCGUGGUACCUGGCGGGUAUACUUGAGGUGAUUCAUGUUCGUCAUUUCAUUUAUGCCAAGAAGCUCUCGUACGAGCGGAAGAUGUCCUACAUUAACACGUUCAACAAUGACCCCGAACUCCGUGUCAUCCUCAUGGACUUGACGCAGGCAGCUGUCGGCCUUGAUAUGAAGGCGGCCUCGAGGAUCUACUUCAUCAACCCUGUUCUGAACCCACAGAUCCAAACGCAGGCCAUCGGCCGAGCCCGGCGUAUCAGCCAGCAGAAGCCUGUGACUGUUGAGACGCUUGUCUUGCGGGGUAGCAUCGAGGAAGUAAUUGUUGAGCGCAAGAAGAGCAUGUCCCAGAUUGAGCACUGGAAGUGUAAGUCCAUCCUGGACGACCGUCCCAUCUACAACUGGAUUAGGAAUGCCAGAAUCAUUCCUCUCGCAAAAGACCAGAACGACUAUCUAGCACAGACGGUCCCUCUGAACCACCCUCAGCCGAUUUUCUGCGGCAAGUUGGGCGACAUUGAUCAUACGGGCCAAGGUCCUACCGAGAGCGGGAGGGAAUCCGAGUCGGCGUACCGAUCGUUGUCGAAUGGUUUGAAGCGCCCCCGCGGCGCCGAACCUGAGGGCAACGAGGAGUCGGCCAAGUUGGAUGAGAGACAAACCCAGCGUGUUCGCUUUACGGUAGACAAUGAAGGCAAGAGUGCUGAGCGGCCCGCGCGUGGAGUGAGAUUUGCGGAUGAGUGA